GGUUGAUAAUCCGUACUAAUGCCAAUAGGAUCGAAUUAGAUAUAUAUCUCAUACUGAUUCACAAUCGAGAAAGAGAAAGGGAAGGUGGGGGAGAGGAGGAGGAGGAGGAGAAGAGGGUUGGACAAAACAACACGAGGAACGACGUAUUCAUUAAACUUGACAAAUUGCAUCGUGAUGGGAACGUAGUGGUAUCGAUCACAAUGCCGAGCCCAGCCCUCUUUUAUUCUUACUAUCGUUGUACGUACAAAAUUUUGCGACGUCCAUAGAAUGAUAAAUGAUGCCUCGUGCUAGAAACGAACGAUCGACGAUGUAAAACACAAGAUACGUCUGGGCAUAAUUCUACAUCCGCGCUACCAUAAGCGUAAAUAAAUUAUCACGCGUGUAUGAAUGAUAGAAUAUCCAGACGAAUUGUCCAAUUGCGAGUAUUACAAUUGGGAUUACGAAGAAUUACGACAAAUGGGUUAUGACAGUGCUUUAGAGAAGAUAAAGACCUAUAAAAAACCUGAAACCAUUCUUUGCGAACAUUAUAAUUAUGAAAUAGAAUAUGAGAAUUCAUCUUUCGUGCCGGAGUGGAAUAUGAUCUGCAGUCGUUUAGCAAUGAAAGCUACGGUUCAAACUGCAGUAUCUAUCGGCAAAUUUGUCGGUGCGUUUGCCUUUGGAGUGUUAGCUGAUAAAUAUGGUAGAAGGGUAACCUUUCUCCUUUCUUGUUUGAUAUAUAUUAUCACUGGACCAGCCAUUGCCUGGACACAUUCGUAUCUGAUCAUGUUGAUCUGCAGAGUUGGUCUCGGAAUAGCUGGAAUCGGUGUCUACCAAGCAGCUUAUUCGAUACUAAUAGAAAUAAGUCCACCAAAGAUGCGUUCCACAUUAGGCGUGAUGUUCAAUGAGAGUUACCCACUUGGAAUGAUUCUGAUUGCCAUCAUUGCAUAUAAUGUCAGAGAAUGGAGAUUAUUGCAAAUAUAUAUUUCUAUGCCGUCGCUCAUUCUGAUUUUGCAUAUGUUAGCUAUGCCGGAAAGUCCAAGAUGGCUUUAUUAUUCAAAUCACAAAAACAGUGCUUGGAAAAUGAUGAAAGAAAUAGUAACACCUGAGAAACAAAAAAUGAUUGCUGAAAAACGAAUAAGCGUCGUGGAAUAUAAACAGGAAAAAACUUCUCGUUAUAAACAGUGGAAAACAAAUCUUCAGAACUUUAAACACAUUCAGAUAAGUGUGAGAUUAAUUUUAUGUUGGUUCAUUUGGUGUUCUACGUCUUUGGGGUAUUACGUAUUAUCGAUAACCUCUGGCCAUUUGAAGAUAGACCCAUACCUUUAUACUGGACUUUCCGGUAUAGUUGAAGGAUUCAGUUAUAUCAUAGUUGUACCUAUGUUGCAAAUAAUUGGUAGACGGAGUACAUCAUUCAUUUUACUUCUAUGUUCAUCCAUGUCAUUUACGAUUCUUCUCUUUAUAUCAGAGAACAUGAAAAAUACCAAAAUGUUCAUCGCUCUUUUUGGUAGACUUUGCGUUAGCAGCGUGUUCGUCGCUGUGAUAGUUCAUUGCAGUGAACUUUUCCCAACUAUUAUGAGAAACAUAGCAAUUGGAACCAGUUCUACGUGGGCACACAUUGGCAGUACAUUAGCACCAUACCUUGUGGAUUAUUUUGUAAGUUAAUAAAAUAGAUUGUUGCCAAAAUAUAAUGGUCUUUUCAAGCUUGAAAAACACAAAGAAACGCGUUGUUAAGUUUUUAUUAACACAAUUAAAUAUCUACAUCGUUUGUAAUAAGAAUGUCGCGUUUAUAUUAAGAAUUUUUUUUUUAGUACUAAUACGAAAGUAUACUACCUAUCAUAAUUUUGUUACGGCAAAAGUAUUUUCAAUAUAUUAAAAAAUAUUUUUUCCCCUGCAAGCCUUUUAAACCUCAUUUAUAUGAUUCAGAAUAGAUACAGAUAUAAAAUAGUUAGGAGGUACUUUGGUUUCAAGUAUACAACUACAUAUAAUUUGGCUGAAGAAAUAUUUCAUGUAAUGUCAUUUAUCGUGGCAGUUGAGAAAUUAAAUUUUGUAUAUGUAUAUGCAAAAAGAGGCUUACAUUGUAUGUAUGCGCACGUACAUGUGUAUAUUAUAUAUACAUACUUGAUUUAUGUACUUCCUCUUCGUAAUGUCUGUUAAAAUAUCGAAAGUUAGUUAAAUAAAUUUCCAUAAGUUAUUUUUCAACAUGAUUAUAAGUUCUACUAAUUGGUGCCAGUAGAGUACGAUCUCCGUAUAUCACUUCUGCAGCAAAAUAAAUGGGACAAUCCCCGAAAAAGCUUAUCUAGACUUUCCAAAAUUCAUUGAUAAUCCAAAUUGUAUUAUGCUAUUUAGUUAGUCUAUCUAAAAACUUUAUAUAUUACUAUAUAUUAUAUUUAUAUAUUACACGAAAACAU